GUUUUUAUAACACAAUUAGGAAAGUGUUAAGAACCAUACAUUUAGACAAAAAACAUGUGAGACAUGGAUUGGUAUAUGUAAACAUUUUUAGUUAAAAAAAAAAAAAAUCAAAAGCCAAAAUUCCCCACUCUCAUCUCAAAUAAUAUGUUGCUUAAUGCCAAUAGCGACAGAAGAGAAAAAACUCCCGAUGAUAGAGAAAAUGAUGACUGGUUACUCUUCAUAACUGGGACAGAGAGUUGGCGAGGAUGUCAGAGAACGAAAAUAAAAAGGAUAAGCUCGGCAGUGAAUCGGAAAGACGGAUUGACGAGAGUUCUAAUUCUGAGGUAAACCCUCAUACUAGUGUGACAAGAGCGAAUGAGAACGAACAGACGGAAAAUUCAUCGAGUAGUAAUAUUUCAAAAAAUGACCAAAUAGAUUCUGGUGUGUGUUUGAUAUCAUCUUCUGAUAUUUCGCCUGUAGGAGCGGUAGAAGUACUACCUCAAGCGAUUGAAGUAAACGAUCCUUUAUACAAGUUGAUCCCGGAGACGUUGAAAGUCGAAUGCCCAUCGGUUACAAAAGUAAGAAAAAAUCUUGAAAUCCCAUUCACCAUAUUUGAAAGUGACGAUAGCGAAGAUUCCAAAAUGAAAGCUUCUAAAGAUACAAAGGAAGUCGAGAGUAAUUGCCCGCUUGUUAAAAGAGAUACCGAACAAGACUCAUUUAUGGUUCCAAGUUGCAGCUCGUGUACAAUCCCUUCCGCAUACAAUGUGAAUUUGCCAGCGACGAGCGACCAGGAUUUGAAGAGUGAAAAAGAAAUCACACUCCCUGCAGAAUCUUUUGAAUUUAUCCUCAAUGACCCAUCAAAUCCGUCUCACAACUUCAACCCAGACAACUCCACGAUCCUGGUCCCUACCGAUAAUCAAAAGUUGAAAAAGGCAAACAGGUGUGCUGUCUGCAAGAAAAAAGUCGGCCUGACAGGGAUUGUCUGUCGUUGCGGAGACGUUUUUUGUUCCAUACAUCGCUACACUGACAUGCACGAAUGUCCGAUCAACUACAGGGAACUCGGGGCAGAAGAGAUUCGCAAAAAGAACCCUGUCGUUAAAAAAGACAAAGUCAACAAAAUAUAACCUUUAAUAACAUUGA